AUGUCUGGCCUAGAGCCUUUGGUAGCCCUCGGGCUUGCCUGCAGCGUCAUGCAAACGAUAGCGUUCGCUGGGCAGACUCUCUCGCUGUGCAAGAAGGUCUACAAUGAUGGACAGCCGGACCCUGCUCUCAACGACUACAGUCUGGAACUGUCAAACAUCUCCGAGACGCUGAAAAACAAUCUGAACACAGGCAGCGGGGUUCUUUCGCGUGAUGAUCUGGCUCUUCGGGACACAGCAGAAAAGUGUCUCGAGGUCGCAACCAAGUUGACCCAAGAGAUGCAGAAUCUUUCCCCUCAAAACGGGCAGAAAGGGGUUCGAACCAGCAUUCGACUCGGGUUCAAAACACUCUUUCGGAAAUCACGCCUGGAAGAGUUGGAGACCAGCCUCAGAAAUAUCCAAUCGGCCAUGAACACUCAACUUCUCGUGGGGACACUAGAUCGAGUUGAUACGUCCACAAUCGAGCAGCAAAGCGCUCUGACAGACGCAAGUCGCCUUCUGGAAGACACAAUUCAGCAGUGCUCCGCAAAAAACGAAACCAAGCUCAACCUGAUCACUCAGGAAAAUACGGAAACGCGAGAUCAACUGCUCCAGGCCAUGAACAAUGCGCAAUCUCGCAUGGAAGCGCACAUCAAGUCUGAGUCAUUCAAGAACACCCAACUGCUACAAACACACAUUACGACUGUUGAAAGCAACACCCAACGACAAGUUGAUCAAUUCCAGGAAUGGAGGGACAAGCAAAAUGACGAACUCAGUUAUCAGAGCCUGCUGCAAAGCCUCAAAUUUGAAAACAUGGAGGAACGAAAGAACCAGAUCGAUGAGAAUUAUCCACGUACAUGCCAUUGGAUCUUCGAGGAGCCUGAUGAGGAGUCUGAUUCGGAGUCUCUCCUUUGGGGGUCGACAAUAUCAUAUGAUGACGGCUACGGUGGGACUAGCGUCCCGCCGUGCUCUUGUUCUGAAAGGCGAGAAAUACUAUGGGACAGCUUCACAGACUGGCUGGGAUCCGGAGAUCCGAUUUACUGGAUCUCUGGCAAACCAGGUUCAGGGAAGAGCACUCUGAUGAAGUUCGUCUCAUCCAAUCCUAAGACGAGGGAAUUUUUGAACAAGUGGCAGCCUGAAGCCCAGAUCUUCUCGCACUAUUUCUGGAAAGUAGGAUCUGAGAUGCAACAAAGCUUAAAGGGCCUUCUAGGCUCUUUGAUGUAUCAGAUCUUUUGCGAAAACCGACAGAUGGCUUUGGAUUACAUUCGCCAGACACAAGAGAUCCACAGGAAGCCAUCGACAAUCGCAGACUGGGACACAAAGAAAUUAGAGGCUCUUCUUCACACCUAUGUUUCUGGCUCCACAAGCGGCAUCUGCUUGUUCAUUGAUGGCCUAGACGAAUUCACGCCCCAUCGGGACUACCACGAUCUACUCUUCCUCCUGAAAAGCCUCUUGGGACCAACCGUCAAACUCUGCAUUUCGAGUCGUCCAGAACAGGUAUUGGAGAACCAUCUACAGGGCUGCCCAAACCUGAGAAUGCAAGACUUGACAGAAAGUGACAUGAGAAAGUAUGCUUCAGGAUGCCUGGGCCGGGCCAUCUCACCGAUAGACGAGGAACUUCACACCGACAUUCUUGUGGACCGGAUCCUCGCAAGGGCCGAUGGGGUAUUUCUUUGGGUUGUCCUCGUUUCUAAGAGUCUCGUGAUUGGGAUCGAGAACGGCGACUCUGAUUCGGAGCUCAGGCGGAGACUUGACUCGAUGCCAGGAGACCUGGCAGCACUAUACAAGGACAUGUGGUUGAGAUCAAACGAAGAUAAUCGGAUUUACCAGGAGACUGCUUCCUGGUUCUUCAACAUCAUUUUUGCUCGGCUACGGGCAGGAAAGAGACUCCCUUGCUUGCAGCACGAGUCAGUAUCCGUUUUUGAGCUGAUGGCCGCCACCGAUCCAACAGUCUUAGAUCAAUUCUUGGACCGCGGCGAUGAAUUCUCCACGGCGGACCUUCAUAGGAGAUGUUGCCGCAUCGCAAAAGCUGUCGAGACUCGGUCGGCUGGACUCCUUGUAGUGUCAAAGGUGUCGUGGGUGUCGUCGUUUUAUCCCCAACAACCGGAUCGAUACGACACACUGGAGGACUAUAAGAAUACAACGAUCGGAUUUACUCACCAGACUGCCCUUGAAUACCUCCUUCAUACUGAAGAAGGGCGGGCUCUCUGGCAGACAAGCGAGAUCUCCACCAAUGAAGCCCUCACCAGGCUUAUCAGAGCUUGUCUGGUACGGUGUCACAUUCGGAAUCCUUCUCCCGACAGGGAGCAGCCAUGGGCCUAUCCAGGGACCUUUUCAGGGCACUGGGAGCUCCUUUCGUUUCUAGUCUCAACUAGGUAUCUUGUGGAAAAGGGUGCAUCUCCUCCAGUAGGCCUCCUUUCGGCCAUUGAGAGGGCUCACGAGAAUGGAAACAUACGUUCAUUGGCUUUAAAUUUCCCCGCAACAGGCGAGGCUGUAUUUCUGUUUUGGGCAGGCCUUUCAGGGCUUGCGGACUACGCUAUCAGUCGACUGUCUCGAGUACAGUCAGGAAACAGCCUGAAAGCAAACAUCAUGAAGGAAUUUCUGGCUGCCCUCUGCGUUUGGGAUAGUGGGCAUGAAAUUGUAGACCGAAACCCGAUGAUCCGGCAGCUGCUACAGCAGGGUAUUGCUCCCAGCGUCGAUGGUACCUUGACAAAACCCUGGACUCUCUACCUCAGAAGAACCUUGGCUACAGUUUCGAACCGCCUAUCACAGCGGGGCAUCAGCGAAAGCAUGGGCUUAGAAGAAUCCAGAGAGAUUGUGCUGACCUUGAGGACGUUUCUUGAAAUUGGCUCUUCCCUCUCAGGCGACAUUCCAGUACUGAUUACGUUCGCCGGCGAAGGAAUAGGCUACCAGCUCGCCAGGCGGCCCAGGCCUGAUCCAGAAGAGAGUUCCUUUGGUGAUUUGUUGUGGAUCAUACUCACGGCCAACCCCGUAUGGCUGAUCAAUGCACUUCUCGAACACCUUGAUCCAGAGGCCAACAUGGCUGAUAUAGGGCACGAACGAGUAACGCAAUCUGCAAAAUCAAUAAUGGUAGUAUGGCAUAACAGAGAGAGCGGCCUUCAAUGGCAUAACAGCGAGGGCGGCCUUCAAGGUUGGCGAAUACAGGAUGAGGAUGCUUACAAGGUUGCAGACCAGGUUUUUCUUUGUUUGAGAAGAUCCAAUAGAGCCUCAAGUAAAAAGAGGACAUAUCUGGAAGAAGAACUCAAGAAUAUGACGGUGGAGGUGACGGGUAGAAUGUCUUAUUUAUUUCUUUGCCUGCGUAAGGGCAUCACUUAUUCCUCGGGCCUUGUGGGUAGUAUCGUCGUUCGUGGGUGUAUUGCCAAUGCGUUCUAUAUUGUGGUUGAAGCUCAGCCCUAG